UGCCGCUGGUUACAAUGCAAUGAAAAAUUCCUUGGACUGGAUGAUCUGGUCAACCAUGUCAAUGAUCAGCAUGUUAAAGUUGAAAGACCUGAUGUUGAGUUUCAAUGUAAAUGGACUGGAUGUUCAAGACAAGGAAGAGGAUUCAAUGCAAGAUACAAAAUGUUGAUUCAUAUUAGAACACAUACAAAUGAAAAACCCCACCGCUGUUCUGUUUGUAAUAAAAGUUUUUCACGACUGGAGAAUUUGAAAAUACACCAUAGAUCUCAUACUGGAGAGAAACCUUACAACUGUCCGUAUCCAGGAUGUACCAAAGCUUACUCCAAUUCCAGUGAUCGUUUUAAACAUGUUCGAACCCACCAGGAACAAAAACCCUACAUUUGUAAACUUCCAGGUUGUAACAAACGAUACACAGACCCUAGUUCCUUACGGAAACAUGUCAGGACGCAU